AUGGCUUCAACAGGAAUCGCAUUGGAUGCCGCUUGUUUAAUGGCAGUGGCGCUGGAAGGCAUUGUAUACGGCUUCUCGGUCCUCCUGUUUGUGGGCACCAUGUGGACUUUGACCUGGAAACAGCGCAUGCAGGAUGUCAAUCGCCCAAUUGCCAUAGUAGCCAUCCUGUUGUUAAUAAUAAGUACCGCACACAUCGUCGUGAACAUCAUUCGUGUCGAAGAUGGACUGGUGAAGUAUCGCGACACGUACCCAGGCGGGCCGGUGGCAUUCUUCGCAGACCCUUCCCAGCCAACACUUUCGAUACUGCAUGCGUUAUACAUCUUGCAAACUCUGCUGGCUGAUGGAGUAGUGAUUUACCGCUGCUAUGUUGUGUGGCAAUCGAUCCUAGUCGUUAUCCUACCAUGCAUGUUGUGGUGCAGCGUUGCAGUGACUGGUGUUUUUGUAAUCUACAGCUAUUCGGCAGUCACAAAUAUCACCGGAGACUUCUUUGCCAACGUGGUUGGCCAGCCUACACACUGGGUUACGGCAUUUUUUGCCUCGACUAUGUCAACGAAUCUGUUGAGUUCGGGGUUGUUGGUAUACCGCAUCUGGACGGUUGAACGCAACAUAUCUACAGUUCGCACUACGAGGAACACUUUGAUCCCAAUACUGCGCAUGCUCGUGGAUGCCGCUGUUUUGUAUACUGUCGUUCUCUUCAUCGCAUUAGUCUUGUAUUUGUGCGCGAAUAAUGGAGAGGAACCUGCGGUGGACAUGAUCAUGCCGAUCAUAUCGAUUGCUUUCUACAUGGUCCUCAUUCGCUUGGCCAUCAAUAGAAAAAAUCGCAGUCUUCUCUCGACUAUAGAGACGACCAUCGCAAUGGAACAAGGCAAUUCGCAGCAGUCCCCUAGGCACCCCUUGCGGGUCCAUGUAUCCAAAUAUGCGCACAGUGAUAGUACUUCAGCCUCCAGAAUACCAUAUGAAGACCAGCAGUCGUCAUUCAACGCGGAGUCUGGCAAGGGUUCUAUGCAAUCGUGA